AACUGUUCUAUAAAGUCCACGAUGCGUAACAUUUGAAGAUUUAAAAGAGAGGGUUUUUUUAGGAUUGCUCGGUACCAGCUUUAGCAUUCACAGUAAUAUAUUCUGUUAGACAAUAAGUUAUCAUGAAGACAGUUGUGAUAUUGGUGCUGUUUGCCGCUGUUGCACAUUGCGCUGUUAGAAGGGAUAAACCAGACUUUGACUGUGAUAAGAUAUGCAGACCAUUUGGUUACGACCCUGUAUGCUCCGACAGAAACAAACAAUUCGACAACGAAUGUUUCCUGGAUUGCGAAUGGAAGUACAAAGGAUGUGACGGGAGAUGUCCAUGUAAUCGUCCUGACACGCCUGACAGACCAGAUCGACCAAACUAUAUCAAAGCUCAACGACCACAGUACAGACCCGAACCUAGGCCUGAGUACAGACCCCAACCUAGACCUGAGUACAGACCCCAACCUAGGCCUGAGUACAGACCCCAACCUAGACCAGAAUACAGACCCCAACCUGAAUACAAGCAACCAGAACCUCAGCCAACAUACUGUGUAUGUGAAAGAAAGUAUGAUCCUGUCUGCACAACUGAUGGAACAGAAGAUAACGAUUGUAUUGCUAAAUGCCAAGGAAAGUACAAACUCCACGAUGGCCAGUGUUAUUAAAUAUGAGAGAAUGUCAGAAAGAAUGAUAAUACGUGAAAUGAUGAUUUCAAAUGACUUUCACAAAUGUUUUUAUGACCAAAAUGUCUCAGAAUAAAUGUGUAUGUUUUUAUAAGAA